AUGCGGCCCCUGGACAGCACCGGGGCAGCCGAGGUGCCAGAGCCUGGGCUGCGGCUGACGGACGACGCGCCUCAGGGCGCGAUCGAGGAGCCCGCGGCGGCCGAGGCAGCGGGGACGCCCGGCCCCGGCAGGUGCUGGCUGUUUGGCUCCUCGCCGUGCGCCUUGUGUGCUCCGCAGGAAGCCAAGAAGAAAGCACCCUGUCCUGGACUUGGCUUGUUUUAUACAUUAUUGUCCGCCUUCCUUUUCUCAGUGGCCUCUUUAUUUGUUAAAAAAGUGCAAGACGUCCAUGCUGUAGAAAUUAGUGCAUUCCGAUGUGUGUUCCAAAUGCUAGUCAUUAUCCCUUGCUUAAUAUACAGAAAAACUGGGUUUAUGGGCCCCAAGGGUCAACGAAUUUUCCUCUUGCUCAGAGGAGUCCUGGGUUCUACCUCCAUGAUCCUACUGUACUACGCUUUCCAGGCAACAUCCCUCGCCGACGCCACUGUCAUCACGUUUAGCUCGCCCGUGUUCACAUCUAUCUUUGCUUGCAUAUUUCUCAAGGAGAAAUACAGCCCUUGGGAUGGCCUCUUCACCGUCUUCACCAUCACUGGCGUGAUCCUUAUAGUGAGGCCCCCGUUUCUGUUUGGCGCCAGUGCCGCGGGCAGGGGCGAAAGCUACUCCCUUCACCUGAAGGGCACGAUCGCAGCGGUCGCGCACGCCGUGUUCGCCGCCCUGACCCUGGUCAUCCUCAGAAAGAUGGGGAAGUCCGUGGACUACUUCCUGAGCAUCUGGUAUUACGUCAUCCUCGGCCUCCUGGAGAGCAUCAUUGUCCUCUUCAUCAUCGGGGAAUGGAGUCUGCCCUACUGCGGGUUGGACAGGCUGUUUCUCAUCCUCAUCGGCUUGUUUGGUUUGGGGGGUCAGGUGUUUCUCACGAAAGCCAUCCAAAUAGAAAAAGCAGGGCCAGUGGCAAUAAUGAAGACUAUGGAUGUGGUCUUCGCUUUCAUCUUCCAGAUUAUUUUCUUUCACGAUGUGCCCACGUGGUGGACAGUGGGCGGGGCCCUGUGCGUCAUAGCCAGUAGCACGGGCGCGGCCGUGCGGAAAUGGUGCCAGGGUUCCAAAUGAGGCUUUGCUGCUGAGUGCACGGUCCCCCAGUGCGGACACGCCGCACGUGCAC